AUGUCUGAAUCAGCAGGAGAUGGCGAUGCUAUCUUCAAGCUCUAUAGAUAUGACCCGUCCAUGGCGGCGGCUGUCAUCUUCAUCAUCCUCUUUCUGCUAGUCACUGGACUGCAUACAUAUCAAUUGAUCAGGACCAAGACAUGGUUCUUUUCUUGCUUCGUCAUCGGCGGUUUCAUGCAAGUCAUUGGUUACAUUGGUAGGGCAGUCUCUGCCAGCGAAAGUCCUAACUGGACUGUCAAGCCUUAUGUGGUCCAGACCUUGCUGUUGCUUAUCUCACCGGCCUUGUUCACGGCAAGCAUCUACAUGAUCCUCGGGCGCAUCAUCAUCAUUACCGACGGGGAGCGGCACUCACCUAUCAAGAGUGUUUGGCUUACAAAGAUCUUUGUCGUCGGCGAUGUUGCGUCUUUCAUUCUUCAGGGUGCAGGUGGUGGCAUGAUGGCAGGUGGUUCCCUUGAUGCUCUCCACAAUGGCGAACGUAUCGUCAUCAUAGGACUCAUCGUUCAAAUAGCCUUCUUCUCACUGUUUGCUGUCACUGCCGCUGUGUUUCACAUGAGGCUUGUAGGUUCCAUGUCCGCAAAGGCCGCUGUAUCAGGGAUUCCUUGGCAGAAGUACCUCUUCACAUUGUACAUCGCUUCUGGUCUCAUUCUUGUGCGGUCUGUCUUCCGCCUGAUCGAAUAUGCUCAAGGGAAUGCUGGCUAUCUCAUCUCCCAUGAGGCGUACAUGUACAUUCUCGACAGUGUGUUGAUGUUUCUCGCGAUGGCCUUGUUCGCUUGGGAACAUCCUAGCCAGCUGAAUGCUAAGCUCAACGGGGGAGGAACUGCGGUUAGAUAUGGCAUUCGAUUGUAUUGGGAGAAGUAG